AUGACACCACAGGAGGUUGCUACUUUGCUCCAAGAGCAUGGUAGCAGUCGUAAACCAGACGCUUCUGAAAAUUCUUCACAGACAUCUGAUGACCGCCUUAGAAGGACGAAACUGCUCUCUGCCGUACUCACAGAAUGCAAGGAAGCUUGGGCAGCUAGGUCUGAGGAGCUGGAUUUGGUAGCAGAAAAGCUCGGAGAUGGCAGUCGAGAUGUGGCAUGGCGCUUGCCCUUCGGUGAUUCUGGAAUUCUGGGCUUCUUUCUCGAUCUAUUGGCAGAGGGUGGUCUGAGACAAAAUCUUCACAAACACUCUCUACGCUUGAUAGGGAAUUCUUGUGCUGAUACAGAUGAGAAUCGAGCUCGAGUUGUGGAAAACGACAGAUUAUCAGCCAUCACCAAGCACUUAACCGAUCAAAGUCUCUUACCACUCAAUAUCCCUGUCAUUUACAACAUACUCGUCGACUACGAUCCUGCUCAAGUUUUGGCAUCCAAGUCCCAACUCAACAAGCAACUUGUGGCCAUCCUAUCUCUACCGCACAUCUCCAAACACGCCUCAACUGUACCACAUAUUUGCAAAAUACUGGCGCUUCUUGUUCCACAAGAAGGAGAAUUUGCCGUCGCCGACCCAUCCACAGUUAACAUCCUUCUCAGCUUGGCUAAUCAGCCAGAGGCAAAAGAGGAUGUUGAUGUUUUCAUUGCACUCGUGGAAGUGGCAGUGGCUUACCUGGCGAAUGAGGAUUUUCAGUUGAGAGUAAUAACCGAAGACAAGAUGGGACUGUUUGUUGAUACUUUUUAUUACAUCCACGCUGGACUUGACAUUGACGGAAUUGAUGACGAAGACGCCGUCGCGCAAUUGAAGGAGUUGCGUGUUUCUUUACUUUCAACCUUGGCCGACAUUUCUGGAAACGACCAAUUUGUAGCAGCCUACCCUCUUCCAGAUGCAGUACCACAAACUUUCCUGGCUUGGAUUCGUGGCAACAAUGCUUCCUUGCAAACAGCUGCAUGCCUAGCUCUGGGAAAUACGUCCCGAUCUGAUAAAGCGUCGAUUGCUUUGGUAAACGAAUACAAGGCUCACGAGCCGCUCGCCAGCCUUUUGGCAAACCCGGCGGUUACCGACUCUCAACUUCUUCACGCUGCCUGCUCAUUUCUCAAAAACUUGGCAAUCCCUGCAGACAAUAAAACUCAGCUCGAGGCUUUGCUUCGUCCACAAUGUGUUCCACGAAUAUUCUCGCUCGACACAUUACCCCUGAUUCAAUUCGCUGCAGUCUCACUCACACGUCUACUUUUGCUCAACUGCCCCUCAAAUGUUCGCCAGAUCUGUGCUGUAGUCAAUUCCGAUUCAUUGGAAGACUCUGCCAGUCAACAGUCCAGCGCAAAUGGUAUAAUUUCACUAUUUGGGCGUUCAGAUGCGGAGCCAACCAAAGUAGAGGCCGCCAGGUGUGUGGCCGGUAUCUGUCGAGUGCUUUAUUCGUCACCAGUCUCUGAAAUUUUGCAAGCUUCGGGAUCCAACGACCACACUGACGAAGCCAGAAGAGCGAGAUUCUUUGAGGAACAUCAGAUUGAAGCCCCAAUUCGAUUUCUCAUCACCCAAGAGAAAUGGCCAUCUUUGCGCUCCGAGGUAUGGUUCGUGCUCGCAUUGAUGUCUAGGUCCAAGGACGGCGCCCGAGUUGUUGCAUCAGUGUUGGACGACAAGGCAGUAGAGGCAGUCCUGGUUGAAACCAUCACCGGCCAAAAGCCAACAGAUGACGAAAACCCUGCCUUGGAAUCCAAACCGGAAGAGUCGCUCCUGGGUCCAGCCUUUUCAUCAGAGGCAGGCGAGCUGCAACUUGAGCCCCAGCAGGUAGAUCCCAAACAGCAGGCAAGCAUGUUGAAGCUGGAUAGAGAGAAUGCACUGAUAUUGUGCACCGAGUUGAAAAAGAAUUCUGAAAGCGGUUUGUCGCCGGAAAAGCUUGCUGUAUUGCAGAAUCUGGUACGGACUGGAACCCAACUUGUUGUUGCGGAUAGAACCAAGACAUAG